UCGUUGCAAUAUGACGUCUCUUUAUAGAAAAUAUUUGUUCAAGAAAAAAUUGAAGCAAAGGCUUGAUGAGCGAGUAUACAAUAAGAGCGACUACGACGCGUCGUAUGCGCCGACGAAGAAAGUCCUAGGAUGGGUGGCCAUCCGUAUGACACACAACAUCUCUGAGAAAACCACUAUGUUAUGGGAUAUGUUCUACUGGUUCGAGAUGAUGAACCUAUUCCUGGUGGGUCCCUCGGAGCUGGUCAGCAUGUUGACCACUGCCUACGAGGCGAAGACCUUUCGGGACUCCAUCAAAGUGUUCCGUACGAUGCCCUGCUUCGGAUGUGUCGUACUAUCGAUGUUCAAGUCAAUCAAGAUGGUGGUCCACCGGCCUGUGUACGAGAACCUGGCCAACGAGCUCCGCGAGAUGUGGCCGGAGGGCGAGGUCUCAGAGGAAGAACACCAGAUCAUUAGCGCCGCGCUCAAACAACUCAACUUUAUUGUUAAAGGCUACUACUGGUGCAACAACGCUUUAUUGAUCAGCUUCCUGUCUCCCCCCUACUUCAUCACCCUGGCGCGCUACUUCGGGUACGACUCUCCCAUGGGACUCCACUUCUUGUACUGGUUGCCCUUCGACCCUUACCAGUCGGUCUACUAUGAGAUCACGCUUGUUUUACAAACCUGGCAUGCGUUGGUGGUGAUCUGGUUCAACGUGGCGUGGGACAUGUUGUUCUGUCUGUUCCUCUGCCACAUCACCACACAGUUCGACCUGCUCGCCAGGAGGGUGCAGAGACUGUUCUACGUUCAAGUGGACAACCAACUCGUCAGCUCUUAUCCCAUGGCAUCUAUAAGCAAGGAGUUCAUUCAAACCGAGGGAGAGCGAGUGAACUCGUAUGGCGCUCAAUACUGGGAGGCUAGACAUCAGAAGGAGAUCACUGAAAUUGUUCUACGACAUCAUUCUCUGAUCAGGUUGACGGGUGACGUGGAGAAUAUGUUCAGUCUGGCGUUGCUGAUCAACUUCAUGAACAGCUCCAUCAUCAUCUGCUUCUGCGGGUUUUGUUGUGUUUUGAUCGAGAAGUGGAACGAGGUGGCGUACAAGUCGUUCCUAGUGACAGCACUGUCACAGACCUGGCUGCUCUGCUGGUACGGACAGAAGCUCAUCGACUCUAGUCAGCGACUAGCAGACGCUCUAUAUGGCUGCGGUUGGUACAACUCUUCGAAGAGGGCGAGGAGUGCUGUGCUCAUCAUGUUGCACAGGGCCCAAAAGGGUAUUUACGUGACGACACACGGAUUUUCAGUAAUUUCUCUCGCCAGUUACAGCACGAUUAUCAAAACUGCAUGGUCUUACUUCACUCUGCUUCUCAAUUUCUUCAAAGAGAAAAGUGUUAAUUAAUAGCUACUUGUUAGUAUAUUAGAUACGUCUACUUAUCAAGUAUAAAAAAGAUAAAGAAACGCUUAUAUUUAUGGAAUCUAGAACAUGGACGCUGGCAGAUCAAAUAUAUCAUUAUCCCCCUAUAUUUCCACACCCGUAAAAACAUUUUUUCUAAUUAGGGGUGGUGUGGAAGUGCCCUUGGGCCCUAUAUCUAAAUGAUGAAUUUUAAAAUCUUUAAUACGGGGCUAGGUUAACCCAGGUUAACCUGAGUUAGAACUGCCCUAGUCCACUUGAAAAAGAUUAGGGUCGUCGCCGUCGUAGGGGCCUUAUAUUAGUUAAACAAAAGGUUCUUGAUAACUUGUUUUAAAUUAUAACUAGCUGUUACUGCGCGGUUUCACCCGCUCUGCUCGGCUCCUAUUGAUCGUAGCGUGCUGUUUUGUAGCCUUCCUUGAUAGAUGGACUAUUCAACACAAAAAUAAUUAUUCAAAUUGGACUAGAAGUUCCGGGUUUUUUGUGCGUUGCGCGGGAGUAUAAGAAUUGUACCUCUUUGAAAGUAAUCCUGGUAGUGCCCAUGACUAUAACCAAUAAGCUUACCUCCUGUGACAAUGGAUCUAUAACAUACCUGAUCAAUAAUGGGUGUACUGCACCUCUGCCUAUCUCGUUGAGUUGAGAUAUAACCAGCGUCCUAUUAUAUUUAUGUAGAAAUAAUGCUUCGC